AGGACAGUUUGACUGUCACUGUCACAGACAUGACAGUAAACUGUUCUGUGUGAACGCAGACAAUCCUUGAACAAUCGCUGACAUGACAAUUGUCUUGUCAACUGUCUUGAAAGUUGUCAAGACAGCGUUGGAGACAGUAAUCUUGAUUGUUUUAAAAUUAAAAUGGCUGAAGGUAGAUUUCGUGGGCAGCAUCUUAUUAAUUUUAUUAGAAAAUUUAAGGAAAGUGAUUGUUUGUGGAACGUUAAAAGUAGAUUAUAUAAAAGACUAGACCUUAAACAAACGUGCUACGAGGAAAUUAGCAAAGAAUUUAAAAUUUCAGUAGCCGAAGUAAAAAAAAAAAUAAAAAGUUUACGUGGGACCUACAUCGCCGAAAGAAAAAAAGUGUUGGAAUACCAUCCUAGUGGUUCAGGGGCAACAGAAGAACCUUAUGAACCAAAUUUACAUUGGUAUUCAGAAAUGAAUUUUUUGGACAGUGUAAUAAUUUUUAGAAAAUCGACAGAUAAUAUAAUACCGAUGACUGAUACAGAAGUUUCUGUUAAUGAAGACGAACCUAAUGAACAACUUGACGACCAACAACAACAUGAUCAACAACAACAUGAUGAACAGCAACAACCCGAUGACGAGCAACAACACGAUGACCAGCAUGAACAAAUUUUGGGAAGAAAAACGAACAAAAGAAGAAAAAUAAUUAAAAAUAAUAUAGGUGACAAAUACAAAAAGGCUCUACAAGAAAUUGUCAGUGCCAAUACAAUACAAGCACCACAGGGUGACGAAUUUAGUAAUUUUGGCAAUCUUGUAGAGUCUUCUUUAAGAAAACUUACAGAAGUAAAUGCUAUAAAUGCAAUGGCUGAAAUGCAAACGAUUAUUACAAAAUAUCGUUUAAAAGAUAUAGAAACUGCAAAAAUUGUUUACGUUUCAACUCCAGUUACACAACUGAAGAACGUACGAAGCUCCUCAGGACUUUCGAAUUUUUCAUGUACAGACAGUAGUAUUCCAUCGCCCUCCUCACAUGUACAUACAUAUGAUGAAAAUUUUGGCAAUUUUGAAUGUGUUAUUCCAAACAUUAAUAUUUUAAAUCGGGCGUGGACAGAAGCUCAAGAAAGUUCUGAGGAUGAAUAAAUUGUACCUACAUACUAACUAUUAC